AUGCUUGCAUCUUCAGCAGCGAGAAAUUCAGCUAAAUUAUUUAGCUCAUCAUCUUCCAGAGCUACCCUUGGUCUCUAUCGUCACAAAGCUGCUUUUGCUUGUGCUGGUAUCCACACUACGCAUAAAUCAAAGAGUGCUGUUGCAUCACCAACCAUCUCACAUUCAGAUCGCUCCGCUGUCGCUACUGAAAAACCUCCUCAAUCUGUUCAUCCUCUCAACAGCAGAAAGACUGCAGCUGUCGAAAUGGACGAUUCCUUUGUUGGCAUGUCUGGUGGUGAAAUCUUUCAUGAAAUGAUGUUGAGACAUGAUGUGAAGCAUGUCUUUGGCUACCCUGGUGGUGCUAUUCUUCCCGUUUUUGAUGCUAUCCAUGAAUCAGAAUACUUUAAAUUUAUCCUUCCCAGACAUGAGCAGGGUGCUGGACACAUGGCUGAAGGUUAUGCCAAAGCAACUGGUAAGCCUGGUGUUGUUCUUGUCACAUCUGGCCCUGGUGCAACUAACGUUGUCACUGCCAUGGCUGAUGCUUUUGCUGAUGGUGUUCCUCUUGUUGUCUUCUCUGGCCAAGUUCCUACCUCUGCUAUUGGUACUGAUGCUUUCCAAGAAGCUGAUGUGGUUGGCAUCACUCGCGGUUGUUCCAAGUGGAAUGUCAUGGUCAAGGACAUUACAGAACUCCCUCGCCGCAUCAAUGAAGCAUUCACUAUUGCUACUUCUGGUCGUCCUGGCCCUGUUCUCGUUGAUCUUCCCAAGGAUGUCACUGCUGGUAUCCUCAAGCGUCCUAUCCCUACCACUGCUAUGAUCCCUCAACGUCCUUCUACCAUCCCCAAUACUGCCGUUGGUGCCUUCACUGAAGAAGCUCGUUCCAAACCUCACCCUAUUUUGGCCCGCGCAGCAGAUUUGAUCAAUAACGCCAAGAGACCUGUCAUUUUCGCCGGUAACGGUGUUCUUGGUCAUCCUGACGGCCCCAAGUUCUUGACUCAACUCGCCAACAAUGGUAACAUUCCUGUCACUACCACUCUUCACGGUCUUGGUGCCUAUGAUGAGAUGGACCCCAAAUCUCUUCACAUGCUGGGCAUGCACGGUUCUUGCUACGCCAACUUGGCCAUGCAACAUGCUGAUGUUAUCAUUGCUCUUGGUGCUCGUUUCGAUGACCGUGUUACCGGUACUGUUCCUACCUUUGCUCCUGAAGCUGUUAAGGCUGCCAAGGAGGGUCGCGGUGGUAUUCUUCACUUUGAAAUCAUGCCCAAGAACAUCAACAAAGUCGUUGAUGCCACUGAAGCUAUUGAAGGCGACGUUACAGAGAACUUGAAGAAGCUUGUUCCUCACAUCAAGAGCACUCCUCGCAAAGAAUGGCUUGAUCAAAUCACCACAUGGAAGAAGGAGUAUCCAUUCUACUACGAAAAAACAACCAGAGACGACCAAAAAUUGAAGCCUCAGCAAUUGAUUGAAGAACUCGACCGACAAACAAGAGAUAUCAAGGACAAGGUUACUAUCACCACUGGUGUUGGUCAACAUCAAAUGUGGACUGCACAAAUGUUUAGAUGGAACACACCUCGUUCUCUCAUCACGUCUGGUGGUCUCGGUACAAUGGGCUACGGCCUUCCUGCCGCCAUUGGUGCUAAGGUUGCCAAACCUGAUCACAUUGUCGUUGACAUUGAUGGUGAUGCCUCUUUCUCCAUGACCGCCAUGGAAUUAGCUACUGCUGCUGAAUUCAACAUUGGUGUCAAGGUUUUGUUAUUAAAUAACUCUUUCCAAGGUAUGGUGAAACAAUGGCAAGAUCUGUUCUAUAAGGAAAGAUACUCUGGAACUAUUAUGAAGAAUCCUGAUUUCGUCAAGCUUGCUGAGGCUAUGGGUGUCAAGGGUAUUCGUGUCACCAAGGCAUCAGAAGUUGAGGCCAAGAUGAAGGAGUUCUUGGAACAUGAUGGCCCUGUCAUUAUGGACGCCGUUGUAUGCAAAGAAGAGGUCCUCUUCCCUAUGGUCCCCGGUGGUAAGCCUUUGCAUGAAUUUAUGCUUCAUCCUACCAUUGCUGCUCGCCACAAGAAGGAUUAA